CGGUAAUGACGGGUAAUACGGCGUGAUUGGGGGGGCUGGUGACUUUCCCUCUUUCUCGCUCGAUCCCGUCCACUUCCCUUUCUUCCUCUCUCUCUCCCUCUCUCUCUCUUCCUUCCUUCCUUCUCAGCCCAAUUCCCCCUCUUCGUCUUCCGACGUAAUCAGCCCACGAUUUCCACCUUCAAAUUCAAUACCACUCGCUUUCCCACCUAACCCAGGAGAUCCUCUCCGUUCUUUUCACAUCACACCUCUUUCACCAUGGCUCUCAAGAGAAUUAACAAGGAACUCACUGAUCUCGGCCGUGAUCCCCCCUCCUCCUGCUCUGCUGGUCCCUCGGGAGAUGAUCUGUUCCACUGGCAAGCAACCAUCAUGGGUCCUGGUGACUCUCCAUACUCGGGAGGAGUUUUCUUCUUGAACAUCCACUUCCCAACCGACUACCCAUUCAAGCCCCCGAAGGUCAACUUCACCACCCGGAUCUACCACCCCAACAUCAACUCCAACGGCAGCAUCUGCCUUGACAUUCUCAGAGACCAGUGGAGCCCUGCUCUCACGAUCUCCAAGGUGCUGCUCUCGAUCUGCUCGAUGCUCACAGACCCCAACCCCGACGACCCGUUGGUGCCGGAAAUAGCUCACGUGUACAAGACGGACCGUCCCCGCUACGAGGCGACCGCGCGUGAAUGGACUCGCAAAUAUGCCAUCUGAUCUUCUCAAUUCAAGUUUCCACGGCCACCUUGGUCUUCCCAAUUCGCUUCUGCGUCUUCUUUCUCCCCGUUAGAUCAGAUCCGAAGCCUGGCGUACCGUGAUCGUAGAUCCUUUCCUUGUUUUCGUGACAAUUUGCGU